AAUUCAAAAAGUACAAUUGGUCCUAUAUUUGGUAGAGGCUACUACCUCACAAAGCGCCCUCUGAAGCGCAGAAUGUUAAAAUUAUUUAGUGUAGCCUAGAAAGCCUACUGAGAGAUUGAACACCAAGCCUUGCAUUCGGAUUGAAAUUAAUCUCCCAUGAACUUGAAUUCUCGAAUCUCUAAUACCCGAACUCCUGACACAACAAGGAACUCAAGCUAUUUAAUCUCUCGUUAACUCAAUGAGCCCAAGAACCAAGUAUUCCAGAUUGGUUCAUUUCUAGAUGAUCGCAAAAUUCUGACUCGAGUUUAGCUUUAUGAUUGGAAGAGAGAAAGAUGCUCACGGCUGGUGUCCUCUUCUUUCUUCCGCAACCCGCAGUUUACAGUGGGGCAUUCUGCUGUAGAGAUACUCCACGCCAAACUGUAGAGUGGGUUGGUGUGCAUGGUUGGUGAGGCCCUGAGAGGCUGGUGAAAGGAAACCUCCAUCAAGGAUCGAAGAGGCUGCUUGCUUGCUCAGUGGAGGAACAAGACGAAGAGAAGAGCUGGAAGACGGAGGAUCGAGGAGGAAAUAGGAAACAGAGAGAGAGAGAGAGAGAGAGCGAUAGGCCAACAGCCUCAGCUGCUAGAUGGCUGGGGAUGACGAAGGCCUCGUCCUCCUCGGUUUUCUUUCCAAGUUGUGUGAAUGUCUCUGUGUGUGAAGUGUAAGACUGUGUAAGACCCAUCCAAGGCUGUGUGAGAAUGCCAGGAAGGAAGGGAAAAGGAGAAGGAGGAGGAGGAGGCAAAAUAAGAAGAGGAGGAGGAGGAGGAGGAGGAGAAAGAAUGGCAAGAAGGCUCUCCGUGCGUCCAAGGGCCUGCAGGCCUGCCGCCAUGGAAGCCCAUUUCUAGUCGCUGGAUUUUCAGCAGGAGAAGCAAGAUGAAGGCGACCAUGUUGUGGAAGACAGCACGAACAAGGCCACCAGCACUCCCGAGAAUGAACAAGACCAAGACGGCGAAGGCGAGGAACAAGAACACCACAGCUAUUCCACUGCACACUGGACAGAGUGAGUUGCGACUAGUGGGGGCCCUCCGUUGUUGAUAAGGAAAGUAGUAGUGUGUGAAACUGUAAUUGUGAAAAUAGUGGCACAAGGACCUCCAUUUCUUCCUUUGGGUUUGGUGUUGGGUCAGGCUCUUGUGUGAGAGAGUGAGCAGUGGUCGGGUUGCAAUGGAUCAAGAAGUCCCUCCAAUUUUCACGGACCGCCUGGCCACCUUCAGGGCAGUUCAAAUACGGGCAUCAUAGUCAUCCCAACCAUCACCAUGAGGCAAUGGGUGAGAUGUCUCUGAGUGAGUGUGUGGGUUGUUAUGUGUAGGUACACAAAGUGGCUUUCAAAAUAGCCCCCGAAAUCAUGGGUGAAAAAUAACAAGGAUCUACCACAAGUGAAGUGAAACCCCAGUCUCUGAUUGUCCACAACAAGCGUGGUUGGAGGAGGUGUGAGUGUCUUUUGGGUCGCCGAAGCGAAAGAAAAAUCUAUCCCCGUUUCACAAUGAUAUAGCCUCCCUCGGCAUGUCGACUGUCUCAGUGUUCUCGUCAACAUCUGUGAAGUCUUUUGGCAGGAAUACAAAGUGGUAAAAGUCUUGACUCUGCCAAACUGUCCCUUUUUCACUAGUGGCCUACGCGGCAGCUGCAGGCGUGACUGGUUUGUUUUGCCUUUCCCGCUCUUGAAGUUUUCAACAAAAACACAACAACAGAGAACGGAGAGCGGACGCCAGAAGCCAGGAGCCAGGAAAAAGAAGGGAGCCCAAAAGCUGGUCUUUUGUUUCUCUUGAUGCCUAUGGCCCUUGAAGACUUGAGAAAUUUAUUUCGUGGAGACAGUUGCAGUGGUGAACUGGGGGGUAUCGAUGCCUCGAGAACUUGCACAAACUAAGGCGCUCAAAUAGCUUCGUUGGCUUCCUGCCUCUCACUGACAAGGUUAAAGAUCGCACCGCUUGCGGAGUGUUCUUCAGAACCGCCGAAAAGAGUCUCAUUCUGACAUUGAGGGCUACCAUUACUUGGAUCAUCGCCAACAGUGGUCCAGAGGUCCGUUCCCCCUCUGUGGUUCUCCCCAAUGCCGUAAUGAUUGGUUCCAAAUUACAUUGCUCAUCCAUGGACAAAUCUCGCUAGGCCCACAGAGCUAAAAGAGCAAGUGUCCUGUCCUCAUAACUGCAUGUUCAUGUCACAUCACUAGUCAAGAGAAACCGUCAUACCCCUGUGGCCCCUUUGCUCGUCUGGCCAGGGAUUGCACAUUCGUCGUUGGCGGUGGUUGUGGCGGUGGCGAUGGUGAAGGAAAGAGGGCAUUCAUCUUUGCCGCCAUUGGACCAGUGAAGAGUGCGUGUGCCGCCAGAGAGCAACCUCUGUUCUUCCAGAGUUAAUGCAGCAUAUGAUCUUGCUCCUUUAGCCCUCAACGAGCCUGGCCUCACUUCCUUGUUUGUCCAUAGUGGCUGCCUGAACGGGGACAGACCGAACCGUCUUUAUGGACCUUGAGGCACCACGAAGACACAGGAAUCCGCGUCUCCGAGAGUAAUAUUGUUUUUGGCAUCUCUCCUGGCCUCCCACCAUUGUGAACAGGUCUUCUUCCAGAGCGAAGAUCUCGCGCAGAGAUAUUCAUAUGCACACAGAUCCCCCAUCAUUUAUGGAUGCUUACCCCCGUCUAGUUUGGAUCCAUCCAGAUUUGGCGCCAAUCUAAUCAGAAUCAGAGACUUUGAUGACCCCGUCAAGCCAGCUGCUCCUAGUUUUCAGCCUGGACCAGACAACCCAAUCCUCAUUUGCUACUAUGAGCGAAGAUUUCUCUAAGUGACAAGUUGAUGGGUCAGUCACAGCAUCCACCAUCAUUCCCUGUCCUUGUUGUCUUCACUGACAUUGUUACUACUAAACUGGUUGCUGAACCAGCUGAUGACAAAUUGACAAGGGAGCCAAACAAGUUACCCACGUGCCUCAGCGUUCCUCCUCCAAGAACGACAACCCCGACGAGUACGAUUGUGCACUCUCAUCCCUCCCAUUUACUGAUCUAUUCCGCCCACACUGCCCAUUUCUUUGCCUCCUGGCAUGUCCACCUGCCAUCAAUCAGGCGCCUUGACGUCCACAGCAGAUGGCUUGCUCGGCCAAUCACAGUAAAGGCUCGGGAUCGGCUGUUGGCGCGGGCCUCAUUGUCGGCCAGACUCCAGCCUGGUUGCAAAGAAAAAUUCAUCUCAGACCACAACACAGAGGGGUUCAUUUGGUCACAGAGGAAAUACUGAGACAGCUACCUGAGUUGUCCCAGUUCACUGUUGGCCUGAUGCACAUACAGCUCCUUCACACCUCGGCCAGUCUGGCCAUCAACGAGAAUUGGGAUCCAGACGUUCGAGACGACAUGGAAAUGAUGCUCAACCGGAUAGUUCCAGAGGACAUGCCAUUCCGACACUCUUGUGAAGGACCGGAUGACAUGCCUGCCCACGUGAAAGCCUGCUUUUUAGGCUCCAACCUGACCGUCCCAGUCUCAGAUGGCAAACUCAACCUUGGAACCUGGCAGGGUGUGUGGCUUUGUGAGCACCGAGAUAGGGCGGGGUCUCGGAAAGUGUUAGUGACGGUCAACGGGGCUCUUCGGGACCCUGAACGGACUCCGGUAUCCCCGACCUCGCCCAUUGCCUCCACAACGAGUAGCUAAUGAAGAGGGAAAUGCGUAUGUUGUGAAAGACAAGUGUGACCACAAGUGUGACAGCCCAAUGCAGCCCCGCCCAAAAGCCCACCACCCUCUUUAACUAAGUUUUGAAGAUAAAAAUCCAAGUGCAAUAA